AGGGGUCAUUCCUGGAGGUCCAGCGGAGGGACGCGGAGCUCCCUACCCCUGCGGGUCAGUCCGAACCGAGUCCAUUCCGUCCGAACCGAACUGCUGCCCCGCACUCGGCGCCUCUUUCUCCGGACCGAGCCGAACUUUUCUCGGACCUUCCCUGCGGACCGAACCCAGCUGUCGGACUCUGAUCCUGGCUCUGUCCCCGCCGCCGCGCUUCUCCUCCUCUUCCUCCUCUUCCUCGGUUCCGACCCGGUCCAAGCCCGUGUGACACUCACGCAGCAUGAUGAAGAACAGCGGCUUCCUGGAGCCGCAGCAGCUCUUCUUCCUCAGCCCCGCAGAACCCGCAGAGGAGGAGGAGGAGGAGAUGCCGGCCACCGAGAAGGACCUGGCGGAGGACGCGCCGUGGAAGAAGAUCCAGCAGAACACCUUCACCAGGUGGUGCAACGAGCACCUGAAGGGGCUCAACCGGCGGAUCGCGGACCUGCAGAAGGACCUGGGCGACGGGCUGAAGCUCAUCGGGCUGCUGGAGGUGCUGAGCCAGAAGAAGAUGUACCGGAAGUACCACCUGCGGCCCAACUUCCGGCAGAUGAAGUUGGAGAACGUGUCCGUGGCGCUGGAGUUCCUGGAGCGGGAGCACAUCAAGCUGGUGUCCAUUGACUCCAAAGCCAUCGUGGACGGGAACCUGAAGCUGAUCCUGGGUCUGAUCUGGACGCUCAUCCUGCACUACUCCAUCUCCAUGCCAACCUGGGAGGACGAAGACGAUGAGGACGCCAGGAAGCUGACGCCCAAGCAGCGGCUGCUGGGCUGGAUCCAGAACAAGGUGCCCCAGCUGCCCAUCACCAACUUCCACCGGGACUGGAGGGACGGCAAGGCACUGGGAGCGCUGGUGGACAACUGUGCUCCUGGUCUGUGUCCAGACUGGGAGAGCUGGGAUCCCAGUCAGCCGGUGGAAAACGCUAGGGAGGCCAUGCAGCAGGCCGACGAUUGGUUGGGAGUCCCGCAGGUGAUCGCUCCAGAGGAGAUCGUUGACCCCAACGUGGACGAGCACUCCGUCAUGACCUACCUGUCCCAGUUCCCCAAGGCCAAGCUGAAGCCCGGCGCGCCGCUCAGGGCCAAGACGCUGCACCCCAAGAGGGCCAAAGCUUACGGUCCAGGUAUCGAGGCUCGAGGAAACACGGUCCUGAAGCCAGCAGAGUUCCUGGUGGAGACGGUGGAGGCCGGCAUGGGGGAAGUCCUGGUGUACGUGGAGGAUCCGGAGGGACACACCGAGGAGGCCCGAGUGAUUCCCAACAACGACAAGAACCGGACCUACUCUGUGGUGUACCUGCCCAAGGUUGAGGGUCUUCAUCAGGUCAAGGUGCUGUUCGCUGGCCAGGACAUAGACAGAAGUCCCUUCCUGGUGAACAUCUCCAGGGCCAUGGGCGACGCCACCAGGGUCCAGGCCCGCGGGCCAGGACUGCAGCCGACGGGAAACGUGGCCAACAAACCCACGUACUUCGACAUUUACACCGCAGGGGCGGGAGCCGGGGACGUAGGCGUCAUCAUCGUGGACUCCAACAGCCGGAGGGACACAGUGGAGAUUGUGCUGGAGAACAGAGGUGACAGUGUUUUCCGCUGCACCUAUGUCCCCGUCCUGGAGGGCCCUCACACCGUCUGUGUGACCUUCGCUGGGCAGCAGAUUCCCAGAAGCCCUUUCACUGUCAGCGUCUCUGAAGUUUCGCAGAGCGCCUCUCCUCCUGACCCUGCGGUGCAGAUUGUACCCCAGUCCAUACGUACCCCACCCUCAGAAAAGAGCAGGAGAGCCCCCCCACCCACACCGCCAAAACCCAGGCGACCAACCUGCAACCCAAACGCCUGCAGAGCUUCGGGUCGGGGUUUGCAGCAGAAGGGCCUGAGGGUGAAGGAAGUGGCCGACUUCAAGGUGUACACUAAGGGAGGCGGCGGCGGGGAGCUGAAGGUCGCUGUGAAGGGCCCCAAAGGCCUGGAGGAACCAGUGAAGGUGAUGGAGAUGGAAAACGGCGUUUAUGAAUGUAACUAUUACCCCGUCAUGGCAGGGAAGUACAUCAUUACAAUCACAUGGGGAGGACACAGCAUCCCCCGCAGCCCGUUUGAAGUCCACGUCAGCGGGGAGGCGGGGCCUCAGAAGGUGAGGGCCUGGGGCCCAGGCCUGGAGACCGGCAUGGUGGGGAAGAGCGCAGACUUUGUGGUGGAGGCCAUCGGUACUGAAGUGGGAACUCUUGGUUUCUCCAUUGAGGGGCCCUCACAGGCUAAAAUUGAGUGUGACGAUAAAGGCGACGGGUCAUGUGACGUCCGGUACUGGCCCUCUGAGCCGGGCGACUACGCCGUCCAUGUCAUAUGUGAUGAUGAGGACAUCAAGGACAGUCCCUUCAUGGCUCACAUCCUCCCUGCGGCUCUCGACGUCUUUCCUGACGAGGUGAGAUGCUAUGGCCCUGGACUGGAGCCUUUGGGCUGCAUCGUUAACAAGCCAGCCAACUUCACCAUCGACACCAGCGGAGCCGGCAGAGGAGAGCUAAGGCUCUACGCUCAGGAUGCAGAUGGCUUCCCCAUCGACAUCCAGAUCACUGACAAUGGAGACUGCACCUAUUUCUGUGUCUACAUUCCCACCAAACCCAUCAAACAUACCAUCAUCAUCACCUGGGGCGAAGUCAACGUUCCCAAGAGCCCCUUCAGGGUGAUAAUAGGAGAAGGCAGCCAUCCAGAGAACGUGAAAGUCUAUGGUCCAGGUGUGGAGAAGACGGGCCUGAAGGCCAACGAGCCGACAUACUUCACAGUGGACUGCAGUGAGGCUGGACAAGGUGACGUCAGCAUCGGGAUCAAGUGUGCUCUUGGGGUGGUCGGACCAGCGGAGGCGGACAUCGACUUCGACAUCAUCAAAAACGACAACGACACGUUCACAGUGAAGUACAUGCCUCCAGGGCCGGGUCAGUACACCAUCAUGGUUCUGUUUGCGGAUCAGGAAAUUCCCAUCAGCCCUUUCAGAAUAAAGGUGGAGCCUUCUCACGAUGCCGCUAAAGUCAGAGCCGAGGGACCGGGACUGAGCAGAACCGCAGGUGUGGAGGUUGGGAAGCCCACACACUUCACCAUCUACACCAAGGGAGCCGGCAAAGCCAAGCCAGAGGUCCAUUUUAUUGGCGCCGCUAAAGGCGAAGCUGUCCGGGACUUCGAGAUCAUUGACAACCACGACUACUCGUACACGGUCCGCUACACGGCGGUGCAGCAGGGGAACAUGUCCAUCACCGUCUGCCACGGAGGAGACCCCAUCCCCAGAAGCCCAUUCAGCAUCACCGUGGCCCCUCCUCUGGACCUCAGCAAGGUCAAAGUUCAGGGUCUCAACAACAAGGUGGACGUCGGCGUGGACCAGGACUUCUCCGUCACGACUCGAGGUGCCGGCGGUCAGGGCAAGCUGGACGUGAAGAUCACCUCUCCAUCACAUCAUCCAAUCCCCAGCAAGCUGGAGUCUGGGACAGCCAAUGAGGUUCACACUGUGAAGUACAUCCCACCAGAGGAAGGGUCAUACAGAGUGGACAUCAGCUACGAUGGGAACCCCGUCCCCGGCAGUCCCUUCACUGUGGAGGGUGUCAUGCCUCCGGAUCCUUCAAAGGUGAGAGCCUACGGUCCCGGCCUUCAGGGCGGCCUGGUGGGCAAACCGGCUCCGUUCGCCAUCGACACAAAGGGAGCAGGAACCGGCGGUCUGGGUCUGACGGUGGAAGGUCCAUGUGAGGCCAAGAUUGAAUGCCAGGACAACGGAGACGGAUCGUGCUCCGUGUCCUACCUGCCCACUGAGCCCGGAGAAUACACCAUCAACAUCCUGUUUGCAGAGCAGCACGUCCCCGGUUCGCCCUUCAAGGCCGCGGUCCAGGCCGCCUUCGACCCCAGCAAGGUGAAAGCCAGUGGCCCCGGCCUGGAGCGGGGAAAGGUCAGUGAGGCCGGGUCCUUCAUGGUGGACUGCUCUGCGGCCGGCGAAGCCGAGCUCACCAUCGAGAUCGUGUCAGACAGCGGAUCCAAGGCGGAGGUUUGUGUUCAGAACAACGGCGACGGGACGUACUCCAUCACCUACACGCCUCCGAGCCCGGGCAUGUACUCCAUCACCAUCAAGUAUGGAGGACACACAGUGCCAACGUUCCCGGUCCGCCUGCAGGUGGAUCCGGCUGUGGACACCAGCGGGGUGAAGGUGUUUGGACCCGGAGUGGAGCCAAGAGGCGUCCUGAAGGAGGUCACCACCCACUUCGUGGUCGACACCCGGUCGCUCUACAAGGCCGGAGGAAGCCACGUUAAGGUCCAGGUGUCCAACCCGUCCGGCGCCAACACGGACGCCUACGUCUCCGAUCAGGCGGACGGGACCUGCAGGGUGGAGUACACGCCUUACGAAGAGGGUUUGCACCUGGUUGAGGUCGUCCUGGACGACGUCUCCGUCCCAAAGAGUCCCUUCAGGGUGUCAGUCACCGAGGGCUGCGACCCCAGUCGGGUCCGAGCCUUUGGUCCUGGGCUGGAGGAAGGUCUUGUGAACAAAUCAAACAGCUUCACUGUUGAAACCAGGGGCGCCGGUACUGGAGGACUGGGUCUGGCCAUUGAAGGUCCCUCAGAGGCGAAGAUGUCUUGUCAAGACAACAAGGACGGCAGCUGCAGUGUGGACUACAUCCCGUUCACUCCCGGAGAAUACGACGUCAACAUCUCCUUUGGAGGCCUCCCUAUCCCAGGAAGCCCGUUUCGUGUCCCGGUCCGGCAGCUGGUCGAUCCCAGUAAGGUGAGGUGUUCUGGUCCUGGACUGGGAGGAGGAGUCCGCGCUCAUGUUCCUCAGACCUUCACGGUGGACAGCAGUAAGGCGGGAAUGGCUCCUCUGGAAGUCCAGAUCUAUGGACCCACAGGUGUGGCCGAGCCGCUCAGCCUCACAGACAACGGAGACGGUACCCACACGGUUAACUACACCCCGGCCAGCGACGGGCCGUACACGGUGUGCGUGAAAUACGCCGACCAGGAGGUUCCUCGGAGUCCCUUUAAGAUCAAGACCCUCCCGGCUCAUGACGCCAGCAAAGUCCGGGCCAGCGGUCCGGGCCUGAACGCCUCCGGGGUCCGGGCCAGUCUGCCCGUGGAGUUCACCAUCGAUGCAAGGGACGCUGGAGAAGGCCUGCUCACCGUCCAGAUCCUGGACCCAGACGGGUGCAGCCGCGAGGCCUCGCUGUUUGUGGAGGACUGGGGCAGGAGGGUGUGGCAAUCCCACAUAGUAAAGAAAACCAUCCCCUUCAGUAUUCUGAGGAGAGGCUGUGACCCGGAGGGAAAACCCAAGAAGGCCAACAUCCGGGACAACCGGGACGGGACUUACACGGUGUCCUAUGUACCGGACAUAACGGGACGCUACACCAUCACCAUCAAGUACGGAGGGGACGAGAUUCCGUUCUCGCCCUACAGGAUCCACGCUGUGCCCACUGGGGACGCCAGCAAGUGUUUGGUCACAGUUUCCAUUGGAGGACACGGACUGGGUUCAGGUCUUGGUCCAACUAUCCAGAUCGGAGAGGAAACGGUCAUCACGGUGGACGCAAAGAAUGCUGGGAAAGGUAAAGUCACCUGUAAGGUGUCGACGCCAGACGGAGCAGAGCUGGAUGUGGACGUGGUGGAGAACGCCGACGGGACAUUUGAUAUUUAUUACACGGCUCCAGAACCCGGCCAGUACAUCAUCACUAUCCGGUUUGGAGGGGAGCACAUUCCCAACAGCCCCUUCCAUGUGGAGGCGAGUGAAACCGUGCCAAUAAUCGAGGAACCGUGUGACAAGGUUCAGUCGCAGCAGCCCUACGCAGGCUUCUCCCCUCACUGGGCGACAGAUGAUCCGGUCAGCACUGCGGACGGGCUGGAGCCGGUGCUGCGUCCCUUCAGCCUGGUUAUUCCCUUCACCGUGCAGACAGGAGAGAUCUCAGGCGAGGUCCGAAUGCCGUCAGGUCGAACGGCUCGGCCAAACAUCGCUGACAACAAGGACGGGACGGUGGCGGUGAAAUACUCGCCAACUGAGCGCGGCCUGCAUGAGAUGGACAUCAGAUACGACGGAAGCCACAUCCCAGGAAGUCCACUGCAGUUCUACGUUGACGCCAUCAACAGCGGGCAUGUGGCGGCGUUUGGCGCCGGUCUGAGCCACGGUGCAGUGAACCAGCCUGCUACCUUCACCAUCGUCACCAAAGACGCAGGAGAAGGGGGGUUGUCCCUGGCUGUUGAAGGUCCAUCCAAAGCAGAGAUCAGCUGCACAGACAACAAAGACGGGACGUGCACGGUGUCCUACCUGCCCACCGCGCCCGGAGACUACAGCAUCAUCGUCAAGUUUGAUGACAAAAACAUCCCGGGAAGCCCGUUUAUGGCAAAGAUCACCGGAGACGACGCCAUGAGGACGUCGCAGCUCAACGUUGGCACCGCAUCAGACGUUUCCUUAAAGAUCACUGAGACAGACCUGAGCAGCCUGAUGGCAACCAUCAGAGCGCCGUCUGGCCACGAAGAGCCGUGUCUCCUGAAGAGGCUCCCCAACAGACACAUCGGAAUCUCUUUCACCCCGAAGGAAGUGGGCGAACAUGUGGUGAGCGUGAAGAAAAGUGGGAAGCAUGUGACUAACAGCCCGUUUAAGAUCAUGGUGGGUCAGUCAGAGAUCGGCGACGCCAGCAGGGUGAAGGUUUACGGCCAGGGCCUGGUGGAGGGACACACCUUCGAGGUUGCAGAGUUCAUCGUGGACACCAGGAACGCUGGUUAUGGCGGUCUGGGCCUGUCCAUCGAGGGUCCCAGCAAAGUGGAUAUUAACUGUGAGGAUGUAGACGAUGGGACAUGUAAGGUGACCUACUGCCCUACAGAACCUGGGAACUACAUAAUCAACAUCAAGUUUGCUGACCAGCAUGUUCCAGGAAGUCCGUUCACUGUUAAAAUAUUUGGCGAAGGCCGCGUGAAGGAAAGCAUCACCAGGAAGCGGCAGGCCCCCUCCAUCGCCACCGUGGGCAGCACCUGUGACCUCAACCUGAAAAUACCAGGAAACUGGUUUCAGAUGGUUUCCGCUCAGGAGCGUCUGACCCGGACCUUCACUCGCAGCAGCCACACCUACACCCGCACCGAGCGCACCGAGAUCAGCAAGACCCGAGCCGGAGAGACCAAGCGGGAGGUCCGGGUGGAGGAGAGCACGCAGGUCGGAGGAGAUCCCUUCAGGGAUGUGUUUGGAGAUUUUCUGGGCCGAGACGGUCUGAGCGGGUUUGGCGGGAUGCCGGCCGGAAGCCGCCUGCCGCUGCAGGAUGGUGAGGCAGCGAACCAGGAGAUGACGGCUCAGGUGACGAGUCCCGGCGGGAAGACGGAGGACGCAGAGAUCAUCAAGGGAGAGGACAGCACCUACAGCGUCCGCUUCAUCCCUCAGGAGAUGGGCCCUCACGUUGUCAGUGUGAAGUACCGGGGCCAGCACGUCCCUGGGAGCCCCUUCCAGUUCACUGUGGGGCCCCUGGGGGAGGGAGGGGCCCACAAGGUCCGAGCUGGAGGAACCGGACUGGACCGCGGCGUGGCAGGACUACCCGCUGAGUUCAGCAUCUGGACCAGAGAAGCUGGAGCUGGCGGUCUGUCGAUUGCUGUGGAAGGACCCAGCAAAGCUGAGAUCACCUUUGAAGAUCGAAAGGACGGAUCCUGCGGCGUCUCCUAUGUGGUGCAGGAGCCCGGUGAUUAUGAGGUUUCCAUCAAGUUCAAUGACGAACACAUCCCGGAUUCUCCGUUUAUCGUCCCUGUGGCGAGCCUGUCUGACGACGCCCGCCACCUCACCAUUACCAGCCUGCAGGAGAUGGGGCUGAAGGUGGGUCAGGAGGCCUCCUUCGCCGUGCAACUGAAUGGAGCCAGAGGCCUCGUAGACGCCAAGAUCCACACUCCAUCAGGGGCCAUGGAGGAGUGCUACAUCACUGAGUUGGACAGCGCAGAUCGGCACGCCAUCAGGUUCAUCCCCAAGGAGAACGGUGUUCACUCCAUAGACAUUCGCUUCAAUGGCAGCCACGUUCCCGGCAGUCCCUUCAAGAUCCGAGUGGGAGAACCGGGACAGGUUGGGGAUCCAGGCCUUGUGUCUGCCUUUGGUCCAGGACUGGAAGGAGGAACCACAGGUGUAGCAUCAGAGUUCAUGGUGAACACCUGCAAUGCUGGUGCUGGAGCGCUCUCUGUGACCAUCGAUGGACCAUCAAAGGUGAAGAUGGACUGUCAGGAGGGACCCGAGGGCUACAAGGUGUUCUACACCCCCAUGGCUCCAGGGAGCUACUUGAUCUCCAUCAAGUAUGGGGGACCCCAGCACAUUGUGGGCAGCCCGUUCAAAGCCAAAGUGUCAGGACCUCGCCUGUCCGGAGGUCACAAUCUCCACGAGACGUCGUCUGUUCUCGUAGAAACCGUCACUAAGACGUCAGCGACGAGCGGGGCCUUUGCUUCUUUCCCCAAGUUCUCUUCUGACGCCAGUAAAGUCAUCUCCCGCGGUGCUGGCCUCUCCAAAGCCUUCAUUGGUCAGAAGAACACGUUCACAGUGGAUUGCAGCAAAGCAGGUACCAACAUGCUGAUGGUCGGGGUCCACGGUCCGAAGACGCCCUGCGAGGAGGUCUAUGUCAAGCACAUGGGCAACAGGAUGUACAACGUGACGUACACAGUGAAGGAGCAGGGAAGCUACAUCCUCAUCGUCAAGUGGGGGGACGAGAACAUCCCAGGAAGUCCUUUCCAUGUCAUCGUCCCUUAGAGACUCUGCUACAUCUCAUUCUGCACCAGCUCUGAAAACUUUCCACUCCCUGGAUUUUCUCAUGUUUGUCCUCCUGCAGCAAAUGUAAACUUUUUAUAUCAGCUUACCAUAUGCAAUUUGUUGCAAUGUGGUGCCUUGUAUCCUGACUCUUGCUCCUCUGGAGAACUCGACCUGAACUGCUUCAGCUGCUGACCAGACUAUCCAGGAUGUGAAAUGUCUCAUCUUUGCUGACUGCAGCAGGACUCUUCAUCAUCAGGUCCAUCUCUGCCACAGCCCAGCAGAGGUGAUCCUGAUGUGUCUGAUGAACAACCAAAGCUCAGACCUUCUUCUCUAGGAAACAUCCUUCAGGAACCCGCCUGGUUCCUUCAAAUGAAGCUGAGAGUUUACUCUUGUUGUUAUACUUUGCAGAAGUCAGGACUCAGCCUAGAAGAAGGUCCAGCUCUGUCCAGGUUGUUUCAGUUUAAAACGUAAUGUCCAUGCUGCAAUUCGAUCUGGAAGGACUUGGCUUUAAGAUUGGAACCGGAGGAGGAACUGGCUCUGACGCUUUCAGCAGCAGACGCUUGUUUAUUUUGGAUCUGUCUGGAGACGUCCAGAUGUUUGGGUUCUGCUGAUGCAUCAAACUGUGCUGUGACUUUUUAUUUAUUCUCUCUUUGAAAUGGUCUUACUGGUGAAAGGAGCUGGGUCUGACCCGUCACCCAGUUGCCUUUGAGUUUUAACACAGUAGUGGAGUGACAUUUUGUAGUUUUGUAUGAGUGAAUUGUGCAGGCAUAAUAAACUUCCUCUGCAACGUC